CAAAUUCCAUUAUAAACAUACGAAAACGGAGAGUCUACAAACAUUUUUGGAAAUGAGUAACGAGCGGCGUCGCUCCUCUGCGGCAACAGAGUUCCUGGAGGUUGUGGUGCGGCCCAAGAAAUAUUACAAAGUAAAGCAUCCUCAAGAGCAGUCUGAUCGUGGCAAAAUUAUCGUCAGUUCUGGCGAGAGGUGGCGCAUACUCAAAAAUGUGGCCGUCAUCUCCGUGGCCAUGAUGACGCAGUACGUGGCCUAUCAGGGCACUCUGAACCUACAGUCCUCGCUGAAUGCGAAAGAUGGUCUGGGCACCAUUGCCCUCUCCUGCAUCUACCUCUCGAUGAGCGUCUCCUGUCUGAUCCUGCCCACCAUCAUGAUACGCAUGCUGACCUGCAAGUGGACAUUGGUCAUAGGCAUGGCCGCCUUCAUACCCUACGUAGCCCUGCAGCUGUACUCGCGCUUUUACACGCUCGUUCCGGCGGGCAUUUUGCUGGGCGUGGCCGCUGCCCCCAUGUGGGCCGCCCAUGCCACAUAUCUCACGCAGAUCAGUCAGAUUUAUGCGAUUAUAACCUCCUCGGAGAUGGAUGCCGUGAUCACGCUGUUCUUUGGGAUCUUCUUCUUUGCCUGGCAGAAUGCGGACACCAUUGGCAAUCUGAUGUCCAGUCUGGAGCUUGUUACACUCGGUGUUGAGCCUAGUCGGAGCCACCGAGGCACCGUGCCUCGGAAAUUUAUUGCUCUGGCCGUGUACAAGAGGCACAGGAAUUGGUUCUUAAAGGAUUAUGAGCCGGUGGGAGUGCCAGAGGAGGAUCUGUGUGGCUUUGGUUCAAAUGCCAAGAGCAGUCUUAGCCACAACUUACAGCAGAUGCGAAGCAUGAAGGAUGGGCUAUUGUUUUAG